AUGGCUUUAAAGGAGAAUCAGCUGACCGUCCCGUUGCUGACCUCCAUUGUGGCAGCGGUGCUCGGCUCGCUCCAAAUAGGAUACCACACAGGCAACAUCAACGCCCCUGCCCGAGUCAUUGAGGAGUUUUUCAACACGACAUGGAGAUCCAGACACAAUCAGUCAAUACCAGACCACAGUCUCACAUUCCUGUGGUCCCUCUCUGUUAGUAUUAAGGACUUUGGAGCACUACUUGGAUCACUGGGGGUCAAAGGUCUUGCUGACACCUUUGGAAGGCGUAAUGCUAUUCUGAUAGUGAAUGCUUUAUCCGUGGUGGGUGCCUCUCUGAUGUUCAUGAGCAAAGUCACAGCUUCAUUUGAAGUGCUUAUUGUGGGUCGACUGAUCUUUGGCUUGUUCUGUGGGCUGGUGAUGAGCCUGAACCCGCUGUACAUCCAAGGUGUCUCACCUACAAAUCUCCGCGGUGCCUUUGCAACUCUGAAUCAGGUCUCCUUCGCCUCAGGCAUUCUGCUGGGCAUGGUGGCGGGCUUGGAAACGGUAUUGGGCACGGAGAAAUACUGGUCCCUGAUGUUGUCUCUGUCCCUUAUUCCUGCAACGCUCCAGUAUAUGAGCCUUCCUUUUUGCCCUGAAAGCCCACGCUACCUCUUCAUCAACAGGGGCAAAGAAAAAGAAGCAGAGGCAGCCCUUAGAAGACUUCGGGGAAAUCCAGAGAUGGUGAUGAAAGAAAUGGAGGAGAUGAGAGAGGAAGCAGCCCACAGUGAAACAGGAGUGACUGUGAGAGAAUUCCUCAGGAAGCGACGCUACAGGCAGCCGAUAAUACUUGUGCUUAUCAUAAACUUGGGCAGCCAGUUAUCUGGAUUCAAUGCGAUCAUUAAUUAUUCUACAAAAAUGUUUGCCCAGUCCAAUUUUGAUGAAGCCAAAUAUCUGACACUCGGGGUGGGGGCCGUUAAUGUGGCAUUCACCAUAGUAGCAUUCUUUUUGGUGGAGAGAGCUGGACGCAGGAAACUGUUGCUUGCUGGAUUUCUGUCACUAGCGCUCUGCAACCUACUUAUGACCAUCACAUAUUCAGUACUGGCCAUAGUUCCAGACAUCCGCAAUAUUCAGGUGCUGGCGAUUUUCUUCUUGAUCUCAUCUUAUGAAGUGGGGCCUGGGCCAAUCUCUUGGUUCAUUGCCGCUGAGCUUUUUGACCAGUCAGCACGUCCCAUUGCUAUGGCCUUCACUAGUAUGCUUAACUGGGGAGGGAAGUUUUUACUAGCACUGCUCUUUCCACCUCUUCUGAAAAUGUGUGGGGCCUAUGUUUACCUCCUCUUCAUGUGUAUGGCCUUGAUUGCCUUCACCUACACCAUGUUUCGUCUUCCUGAGACCAAGGGACGCACUUUUGAUGACAUUGCGGCUGAGUUCAGAGGGGCCGAGGGCAUUCCACUACAUAACAAGACCACAUUUAACACAUUUACCUGA